AGAGAGAGAGAGAGAGAGAGAGAGAGAACGAAUCCAACUACUGAAAGCUGUGCCGUUGAAAUUGAAACUGCAAACUGCAAAGGCGGCAAGUAAACAAAACAAACCCAUGUGUACUUAUCUUUUACAAACACCUUACUCUCAACCUCACCAGGACCUUUCUCCAGAAAACGAACCAACUCCACCGCAUAUAGCUUGAACACCUCACUACCACAUACCGCCUCAUCUUUGGGGCACUAGAGGCUGACACAGCCUGCACGGCCCCAACAAACACCCAAGAAGAAAAAACAUCUUGCUCACUGCUGGAAAAUAUCAAACCGACACUUCUAAGAGCAACAAAAUGAGGAACUGGCAUUGAAGAACGUAAAAGAAGACAAAGGAGAGUGACAUAGGAAGCGAUUCAAGUGUUAUCAGUGUCAAAGAAGGGAGUGACGAUGACAGUCUUCGAAUAUUUGGGUUGAAGACACAUCACUGCUGGUGCUGCCAUUGUCUGGAUCACCACCACUGCUGGCUGUAAUCAUGUCACUGAGAAUACUGAGCUGGAACAUCAAUGGCCUGCGAUCACUCAAGACUGGCAUGAAAGAAUUCCUGACAAGCUUAGAAGCAGAUAUCAUAUGUUUGCAGGAGACAAAAGUGACACGUGAUAUGCUUGAGGAGUCCCAGGCCAUUGUUGAAGGUUACUCAUCUUACUUCAGUUUUUCAAGAAAGAGGAAUGGAUAUUCAGGAGUGGCCACAUUCUGCUCUCAGAGAGCCACUCCCUUUGCUGCACAGGAAGGGCUAUCAGGUUUAUUCCAGGGUGAGCUGAGAGGUGGUAGUGGGGAGCAAGCAAGUCUUCCUGGCACAUGGACUGAGGAGGAACUGAAGGAUCUUGAUAGUGAAGGCCGAGCUGUUGUGACACAGCACUUAAUAAAGGAUGAGAAUGGCAAGGAGAGAGCAGUGGCCAUCAUCAAUGUUUACUGUCCACGAGUAGAUCCUGAAAAACCUGAACGUCGACGUUUCAAACUACACUUUUAUGAAUUGCUGCGGCAGAGGGCAGCUGCAGUUUCAGGCAUGGACUCUCACGUCAUCAUCGUGGGGGACAUCAACACUUCCCACAAGAGAAUUGACCACUGUGAUCCUGAGAAAAGUGAGGCUUUUGAAAGCAGACUGGAACGAAGGUACCUGGACAACUUUCUGAAAUCUCUGUGCUUUGAUGGUCAUGAGAAGGACUCUCAAGAUGAAGCAAAAUCAGCACCAAGUUGUGAAGGAAAAGAAAACAGUGGUGGGGCAUUAGAUUCAUUAGGAGUGUCUGAACUGGAGCAAGAGGAUGAAGAGUUUCAGUUACUGUCAUCAAGCACAAAUUUUCAAGUGAUAGACACCUUCCGUUACUUUCAUCCCUUUAAAGAAGAAGCCUUUACUUGCUGGAAUGUCUCCACUAACAGUAGAUCAACCAAUUAUGGAACUCGAAUAGAUUACAUAUUUUGUGAUGAAGGUUUCCUCCCACAAGUGAAAGACAGUUUAAUUCUGCAGGAUGUCAUGGGAAGUGACCAUUGCCCCAUUGCUGUAGUGGUUGCAGGGAUGUUUGUUCCUUCCUAUCAGCUCCCUCCCUGUUGUACAAAGUUCUUCCCAGAGUUUCGAGGACAACAGCAAAAGUUGUCUUCCUACUUUCAACCAAUAAGUGCCUCUGAAAAGCAGAAUAAUUUGUCAAUCCAUAAACCUCUAAUGCCUUUGAAAGUAACUACUGAAAACAUGCAAAAUACCAGUAAAAGAAAGAACAUUGUUGGGAAAGGAAAGACAACUGAUAAAAAGCAGUGUACAGAAAAACAAAGGAGUAUCAGUUCCUUCUUUUCUUUGAAGACAAGCAGUCUGACAAAUUCAUCAGAAGAUUUCAUAGAUGAUGAGAAGAGUAAUUGUGAAAGUCAAAUCUCAGAAAACUCAGGAUCUGAUUAUACUUCUGGUGACACUAACCAUACAUGUGAUUCUGGUUCACAGUCUAGUGAAAGCUCUCAAGGCAGUUUAUGCUCUACACCCUCUCAAAGUGACAAGGAAGACACUACAGGAAGUAACAGGAAAUCAAAUCAUACUAAGAAUCAGGGUUGGGGAUUCCUUAUGAAGGGGCCCAAGCCAGCACCAGUUUGCUCAGGCCACAAGGAGCCAUGUGUCCUGCAGACGGUUAAGAAGAAGGGACCAAACAUCAACCGCCAGUUCUAUGCAUGUGCUCGAGGUGUAGGGAAGGAGGGAGACCCUAAUGCUCGGUGUAACUUUUUCAAAUGGGUUUCUCGAUAACUUUGCACUCUUAACAGUAGGUUAGGAGUGAUAUAGAACUAUUAUUGUGACAUUUUUAUUUUUAUUUUAACCAAAAUAAUAAAAAUUUUUGAGUACUGAUCAGUACAAAAUAUAUA